UUUUAUAAUCAAUUUAUUUUUUAAAGGUACAAUCGCAACUGUCAUUGGAUUUACUGGAUGUGUUGGUGCAUUAAGAGAAAACACAUGUCUACUAGCAACUUAUUCAUUUAUUCUGACUUCAUUGCUGUUGCUGGAAAUGACUCUUGGUGUUCUGAGUUUUAUUUUCAAGGAUUGGAUAAAAGCUCAAGCAACUGGAGGUUUUCAAGCAUUUAUAAUACACUACAGAGAUGAUCCGGAUCAACAGAAUCUCAUCGAUUGGAUUCAAGAAGACUGGCUACAAUGCUGUGGAAUUGAAGGACCAAAAGAUUGGGAUAGAAAUAAUUAUUUCAACUGUUCAUCAAUUGAAAUUGGCUCAAGUGAAGCUUGUGGUGUGCCAUUCAGCUGCUGCAAACGUGAAACUAAUACAAUGAAUGGUAUCACGAAAAAUAAACAAUGUGGAUAUAACGUUAGAAAACCAGGAAACAAUCGAGAAUUGGAAAUACACGAAAGAGGAUGUAUUCAAGCAGCUGAGGAUUGGAUGGAUAGAAAUUUACUUCUUAUAUCAACUAGCGCUGUCGCAACAGCUUUUACACAGAUACUUGGAAUAUGCUUUGCCCAAAAUUUACGUGCCGAUAUAUUUGCACAAAAGGCAAAGUGGCACUGACACAUAAGAGCCCCUACGGCCGUUUAGCGUUUUAUAAUAAUGGAUGCUAAUCGAUCGCGUUGAUCAAACACUCAGUAUUGCUGAUUUUCGUAUAUGCAAAUAUCCGUUAAAUAAUGAGCAAAUAUCCUCAUUAACAAAUUGUAAUUAAAAUUCAUUUUAGCAAAUAUCGAAAUAUCUGAAAUUACAAAAUUUAGUUUAUUAUUUUAUAAUGACAAUUAUUCUUUUUGCUCUUUUCUUAAUUGACAAACAUGUUUAUUAAUAAAUUUGGUAAUUUAAUCAGAGGUUUAUCAAGUAUAAUUAUAUUUAAUAUGAUAAAUAAUAAUAGUGUAAAAAAAAAAAGUAAUUUAAUCUAUGAUUUUAUUAUUGAUUUGCUAUUAAAAUAAAUGACCUCUGAUUAAUUAUUUAAUUUAUAUUGAAUUACACUCUGGGAAUAUUCAAGUACACAAAUAAAAUUGUUAUUAAUUACUUUAUAAACAAUGGGGAUUGUGACUGGUGUUGAUCGACGUGAUGUGUCGUGGGGGCGUAACAAGAACUUGCCAAUCUUGUUACACGUGUAAUAUCAAUUUGCAAAAUAAUAUUUUGCAAUUCAAGGCUUUUUUUUUUCUCUGUAAAUUAAGAGAAAUAGUUUCUAAUUUUUUUUUUCAUUUUUUUUUAGUCAAAGUAAGCAAUUGAUGAGAUGUUUCAAUAAUUCUUCCUGACUGUUGGGAUAAAUAUAAAUUAAAUUUAAGAAAAUUAAUCAGUUAUUAUUUAUAAUUAUUUUAUAAAUAAUUAUAACUUUUUGUCUUAGUCAUUAUCAUUUUUUUUUUUUUCAUCUUUCAUCGCGUCAUGGACAAAUUAAUUUCCAUAAAUUUAUCUCAUCGAGUUUAUUGGUCUAUUUAUGAAAUAAAAUGAAAAAAAAAAAUUGAAUAAUUCAAAGAAAGUAUAAUGGAAGUAAAAUCUUCAUUCAAUAAUAUUUUUUAAAAAAAUUCCAAACACUGGCAUUAACUUGAAUAGAUAAUUG